AUGGCGAUAAUAUGGGUGCUAAUAAUCCAACGAUCAAUAUUGGCUAACAACAUAAAUUAUAACCUAGUAAGGUUUGGAGCAAAACCAGACGGAUCAGACACGUCUAAGGCAUUUACGUCUGCAUGGAACACAGCAUGUCAAUCAGAAAAUCCUUCUACAAUUGUAGUUCCUAAAGGCAGGUAUUUUGUUAAUUCAGCCUUACUUUUUAGUGGGAAGAAUUGCAAGGUCAAAUCUAUAAAGUUUGUUAUUAGAGGUACCUUAGUAGCACCUUCUGAUUUCCGACUGCUCGGAGAUGCUGGUACUUGGUUCGCUUUCGAGGAUGUCACCGGAGUUUCUAUAUCUGGUGGUGUGUUUGACGGACAGGGUUCUGGGUUGUGGGCUUGUAAGAGGUCUAGCGAGAGGUGUCCUGCUGGAGCAACGACACUUCGGUUCUCAAAUUCAAAUAAUAUUGAAAUAAAUGGAGUUACAUCAGUAAACAGCCAAUUAUAUCACAUUGUUUUUGACGGGUGUAAAAAUGUAAAAGUGGAGGGUGUAAAGAUCUCAACUUCAGGCAGGAGUCCCAACACAGAUGGUAUUCAUGUCCAAUUAUCAAAUGGAGUCACUAUCUUGAACUCUAACAUUGCAACCGGAGACGAUUGUGUUUCAGUUGGAGCCGGUACUACUAAUCUUUGGAUUGAAAACAUGGCUUGUGGCCCGGGUCAUGGCGUUAGCAUUGGAAGCUUAGGCAAAGAUGUAAAUGAAGCAGGAGUUGUGAAUGUGACAGUGAAGACAGCUACUUUUACUGGGACUGAGAAUGGUGUUAGAAUCAAAUCUUGGGGAAGACCCAGCAAUGGUUUUGUGAGAAAUGUACUAUUCCAACAUAUUACAAUGCUCAAUGCUCAAAAUCCCAUCAUUAUCGACCAAAACUAUUGUCCUGACGACAAAGGUUGCUCUGGAAAGGCAUCCGGAGUAAGAAUCAGUGAUGUAACAUAUCAAGAUAUUCAUGGAUCAUCGGCGACUCCAAUUGCAGUAAAAUUUGAUUGCAGCUCAGAAUACCAUUGCACAAAUAUAAAAUUGGAGGGAGUAGAUCUUACCUACAGAAAUCAACAAGCUGCUUCUUCUUGUGUUAAUACUAUAGGAUCCACCUACGGUGUUAUUGAGCCUAAAAGUUGCUUCUAG